CUCGGCGAUCGCCCAUGGUGAGAAGGGGAUUUGUAUCAAGCUUUCCUUUCCCCAUUCCAGACCCAUCCGCUUGUGUGAGCCAGCACUCAAUAAGGACAGACCUUCAGACACCAGACCGGCCCAUAGUAGAGCGAAGACCUCAGUCAGCCAACGCAAUGGUUCUUCAAAGCAAGCUGCUAGACGCCGGGGAAGCGCCUGCCUUCAGCAUCAACUUGGAUGAGGUCCCCGACGAUACGACGACAUAUUUCCAUACCCAGAACGAUCCGCGAAACGCCUGGCAACGGCAGACAGUCAUUGAGCGCAACAACGGACGCGUGUCAGCCAGUUGCGUCUGCAAAGACGUUGUCCACGGUUUCUACGCGGACGGCGUCGAUGACGAGAAGGGAGAACCGCAGCAAUGCAGCCUCAUUGUCCUGCACUUCCGCUUCGACCCAGUUGACCUGGGCAGGCGCAUCAAGAAGGUGCAGACCACCAUCCGCUUCUCAGCCGUCGACAGAAACCAGGACGACCCAGUUGUCGACAAGAUCUCGGCAGAUGGCUUCUUCUGGGUCUACCCCACCACCCAGAAGGAGACAGUCACCCUGGGGUUCAACAGCAAGCUGGGCGGCAACGUGUUGGGGGCCGAGGUCGGCGGGGAGCUGACGCGGCAGCGGACGGUCGAAAAGGAGGUCACAAAUGCGGGGACAGUCCGCGGAGCCGUCCAGAUCAUCGGUCGCAACUACGGAGAGCCAAACGCCGCGAGCUGGACCCUGAUGGAGAACCCCGAGGACAAGACAGGAGUGCCCGUCGGCCUGCGCGCCAGCAUCCUGGUCAAGCGCGACCCCGGCGUCGAUUUCCAGGCCCACUUCUCCAUGGUAGUCACGCCCGACAACCGCACGCAGGCCCAGACCUUCUUCAAGUCGGACCCCAAGGACGACCCGGUGCUGUUCAAGGUCGACAAGAAACCCACCAACAAGCUGCACAACUACCUCACCGAGACCGUCGACGCUGCGAAGAAGCGCACGAUGGUCAACAACCUGGGCAGGUUGGACCUCGACAGCCACGAGUUCACCGACAUCACCUUCCGCACAAUCUGGCAGGAUGGGAAAAAGGUAAGUGUAGCCCACGGCAGCCCCUAGCUAAGAUGGUUGGAGGGGGGGAAGGGGGGGUUUGGUGGGGAGGUUGGUGCGACUGUGAUUGGGUUUGCGCGCUUGCAUGUAUUUCUGUGACUGGACUGUGGUGUACAGUGUACUUUUAGUUGGUGAAUGGGAGUUCUGUUUUCUGGGUCUGGUGCCCCUCACGGAACCAACUGUGCCUUGCGCCUGCAGCAGAUAUGAACCAACUGAAUACUACCAUGUACAUUAUACACUUAAGGUAAGGUCAGUGCAUGGGGCAAGGUGUCUGGCGCAACCUUGAACCAGCCUUGACCGGCCUAUCAAAACACUCCAC